CAGAGCACACAGAACAGUGUCCGCAUUUCAAACUGGGCUCCAUAAAGUUCUGUCGCCUGUAGGAUAGCAGCAGGCAGCUGCGGAGAGAGAGAGAGAGAGAGAGGAGAGAGAGAGAGAGAGAGAGAGAGAGAGAGGAUGGAUUCUCUAGCGCCGCUUCGUCCUCUAGCUCUCGCCUGCUUCAUCUUCCUUUGCUCAUUCUUCUGGGCAGCAAAUGGGAUGUACGCUAGGGUUGGUGUGGCGGCGGCGGCGGAUGGGGAGAGCAGGAGGAUGCGGCUGCACACCGACGGGAGCCGCGGCGACGCGCACGCAUGGCCUGGGUACCUCUACACCCGAGCAGUUGGGAGAUGCACACCCCAAUUCUGGAGCAGUGGAGCUGAGCCAUGGCCAAACAUCAUCCCUCAGGAAGCGGCGGUGGCAAAGGUCUUCGGCUCUAGGUCCGUGGAGCGGUACGGACCACGCCUCACCCUGCUGGAAGCUACUAUGAGGACCGACGACAUCGGUGGCAGCGCCUUUGUGAAGCUCGUGAAGCAAGGAAGCGCUGCUCUCCUCAACGCCUACGCGAGGAGAGGGUUUCCUUUCAAUUCCUGGGAGGUGAAGGCCCUUCUGCUCGAGGCGCUGGUCUCCGAGGAGGCUGCCGUGGUCCAGGCGGAGCGGUUCGAGCAGGCGAACGAAUCCUGUGUUUGAUGGAUGAAAAUGAAAUGAAAUGAUGGUGCGCUGAAGCUUGUCCCUGCUUGGGAGCUGUAUCAUCAGGAAGGGGGGCGUGGAGUAGCUGUGUAUUGUGUUCGUACUUCGUAGUUGGUCACCACUUCUGUGACCUUUUUUUUUGGUGUUGAGGUUUCUGAAGCAGCUUCUCUUGGUCGGCAUGUUUCUCUAACUGCCGGGGUAAGUGUAAUGUUGUUGUGUGCACUGAUGACUGAUGUGUACUAGGUUCUAAUGAACGUAUCGUAAUUUUCCAAUGUUAAUGGAAGUUCUGUGUUGUCGUA